GUUUGUUCUUCACAGGUUUCUGAGACACUAAAGCGUUUUGCAGGGAAGGUGACAACAGCCAGUGUGAAGGAACGGAGAGAAAUCCUCAGUGAACUGGGGAAAUGUGUUGCUGGAAAAGAUCUGCCAGAGGGAGCAGUGAAAGGGCUCUGCAAGUUAUUCUGCUUGACUCUGCAUCGAUACAGAGAUGCAGCCUCCCGCAGGGCCCUGCAGGCAGCCAUCCAGCAGUUGGCUGAGGCCCAGCCGGAAGCCACUGCUAAGAACCUUCUGCACUCUCUGCAGUCUUCAGGGAUUGGCUCCAAGGCCGGUGUCCCCAGUAAGAGCAGCGGCUCGGCCGCCCUGCUGGCCCUGUCCUGGACCUGCCUCCUGGUGCGCAUCGUCUUUCCCUCGAGAGCCAAGCGGCAGGGGGACGUCUGGAACAAGCUGGUGGAGGUGCAGUGCCUGCUCCUGCUGGAGGUGCUGGGUGGCUCCCACAAGCACGCCGUGGAUGGUGCCGUGAAAAUGCUCACCAAGCUGUGGAAGGAGAACCCCAGCCUGGUGGAACAGUACUUAUCAGCCAUUCUCAGCCUAGAACCUAACCAGAGCUAUGCAGGCAUGCUGGGGCUGCUGGUGCAGUUCUGCACGAGUCACAAGGAGAUGGACGUGGUCAACCAGCACAAGAGUGCCCUGCUGGAUUUUUAUGUGAAGAACAUCCUGAUGAGCAAAGUGAAGCCUCAGAAGUACCUAUUGGAUAACUGUGCCCCUCUGCUCCGAUACAUGUCCCACUCGGAAUUUAAGGAUCUGAUACUGCCCACCAUCCAGAAGUCACUACUGAGGAGUCCAGAGAAUGUUAUUGAAACUAUCUCCAGUCUGCUGGCAUCAGUGACUCUUGACCUCAGCCAGUAUGCCCUGGACAUCGUGAAAGGACUGGCUGGUCAGCUGAGGUCCAACAGUCCCCGCCUGAUGGACGAGGCGGUGCUGGCGCUGCGGAACCUGGCCCGCCAGUGCAGUGACUCCUCUGCGAUGGAAGCCGUGACCAGGCACCUGUUCGCUAUCCUCGGAGGUGAGCAAGUCUUUGUGGCCAUGGGGUGUGCUGGUGCUCUCUCCACAGGUGACACGCUGCUGCAGGCCCUGGACUUACUACCCUUGCUCAUCCAGACAGUGGAGAAGGCAGCUUCCCAAAGCACUCAGGUCCCCACAGUCACCGAAGGUGUUGCCGCAGCCUUGCUGCUCUCGAAGCUUUCAGUGGCCGACUCCCAGGCUGAGGCCAAGCUGAGCAAUUUCUGGCAGCUGAUUGUGGAUGAGAAGAAGCAGAUUUUCACUUCUGAGAAGUUCCUGCUCCUGGCUUCAGAGGAUGCCCUGUGUACCGUGCUGCAUCUGACCGAGAGGCUUUUCCUUGACCACCCGCACAGACUCGCCGGCAGUAAAGUCCAGCAGUACCACCGGGCUCUGGUGGCCGUGCUCCUGAGCCGCACCUGGCACGUGCGUAGGCAGGCCCAGCAGACGGUUCGGAAGCUGCUGUCUUCUCCCGGGGGCUUUAAGCUGGCGUAUGGACUCCUGGAGGAGCUGAAGGCUGUCCUCAGUUCUCACAAGGUGCUGCCCUUAGAGGCUCUGGUGACUGAUGCUGGGGAGGUGACUGAGGCCGGCAAGGCCUAUGUGCCUCCACGAGUCCUGCAGGAGGCUCUGUGCAUCAUCUCCAGGGUGCCAGGGCUGGAGGGUGACAUCAGCAACACUGAACAGCUGGCCCAGGAGAUGCUGAUCAUCUCCCAUCACCCAUCUUUAGUGGCAGUGCAGUCUGGACUCUGGCCAGCACUUCUAGCUAGAAUGAAGAUUGAUCCCGAAGCCUUUAUCACCAGGCACCUGGAUCAGAUCAUUCCCAGGAUCACCACACAGAGUCCCCUGAACCAGUCUUCCAUGAAUGCCAUGGGCUCCCUCUCCCUCCUGUCCCCGGACCGGGUCCUCCCACAGCUCAUCAGCACCAUCACCGCCUCUGUGCAGAACCCCGCACUGCACCAGGUGACACGGGAGGAGUUUGCCAUCAUGCAGACCCCUGCCGGGGAGCUGUACGACAAAUCCAUCAUCCAGAGUGCCCAGCAGGACAGCAUUAAAAAGGCCAACAUGAAGCGAGAGAACAAAGCUUAUUCCUUUAAGGAGCAGAUCAUAGAGCUGGAGCUGAAGGAGGAGAUAAAGAAGAAGAAAGGCAUCAAAGAGGAGGUGCAGCUCACCAGCAAGCAGAAGGAGAUGCUGCAGGCCCAGCUGGACAAGGAGGCGCAGAUCCGGAGGCGGCUGCAGGAGCUGGACGGUGAGCUGGAGGCAGCACUAGGACUGCUGGACACCAUCCUGGCCAAGAACCCAUCUGGCCUGACCCAGUACAUCCCUGUUUUGGUCGACUCUUUCCUGCCCUUGCUGAAAUCUCCUCUGGCCGCUCCCCGGAUCAAGAACCCUUUCCUGUCCUUGGCUGCCUGUGUCAUGCCCCCUCGACUCAAGGCUUUGGGCACCUUGGUGAGCCACGUGACUCUGCGCCUGCUGAAGCCAGAGUGUGCCCUGGAUAAGUCAUGGUGCCAGGAAGAGCUGUCGGUGGCUGUGAAGAGGGCGGUGACCCUGCUGCACAGCCACACCAUCACCAGCACGGUGCGCAAGGGUGAGCCAGAUGCUGCACCCCUGUCCGCGCCAGCCUUUUCCUUCGUCUUCCCAUUUCUGAAGAUGGUGCUGACCGAGAUGCCCCACCACAGUGAGGAGGAGGAGGAGCGCAUGGUUCAGAUUCUUCAGAUCCUCACUGUCCACGCCCAGCUGAGGGCCUCACCCAGCAACCCGCCUGGGCGCGUGGACGAGAACGGCCCGGAGCUGCUGCCUCGCGUGGCCAUGCUGCGCCUUCUGACUUGGGUGAUCGGGACGAGCUCUCCCCGCCUGCAGGUUCUGGCUUCCAACGCCUUGACCGCCCUGUGUGCCAGCAGCAGUGGCAAGGAUGGCUGUGCCUUCGCAGAGCAGGAGGCGGUGGACGUGCUGCUCUGUGCCCUGCAGUCCCCGUGUGACAGCGUGCGGGACACCGCGCUCCGGGGGCUGAUGGAACUCCACAUGGUAUUGCCAACGCCUGAUACUGACGAGAAGAAUGGCCUAAAUCUUCUGCGGAGGCUCUGGGUGGUCAAGUUUGACAAGGAGGAGGAGAUCCGGAAGCUGGCUGAGAGGCUCUGGUCGACGAUGGGCCUAGAUUUGCAGCCAGACCUCUGCUCCUUGCUGAUUGACGAUGUCAUCUACCACGAGGCAGCUGUGAGGCAGGCCGGGGCUGAAGCCCUCUCCCAGGCCGUGGCGCGGUACCAGCGGCAGGCGGCCGAGGUGAUGGGCAGGCUCAUGGAGAUUUAUCAGGAGAAGCUCUAUCGGCCGCCCCCAGUGCUGGAUGCUUUGGGACGAGUUAUCUCAGAAUCUCCUCCAGAUCAGUGGGAAGCCAGGUGUGGCCUGGCUUUGGCCCUGAACAAGCUCUCCCAGUGUUUGGACAGCUCUCAGGUGAAGCCACUCUUUCAGUUUUUUGUCCCUGAUGCCCUCAACGACCGAAACCCUGAUGUCCGGAAGUGCAUGUUAGAUGCGGCCCUUGCGACACUCAACGCCCACGGGAAGGAAAACGUCAACUCGCUGCUGCCGGUGUUCGAGGAGUUCCUGAAGAAUGCGCCCAACGAUGCCAGCUAUGACGCUGUGCGGCAGAGUGUGGUGGUCCUCAUGGGCUCCCUCGCCAAGCACCUGGACAAGAGUGACCCCAAAGUGAAGCCCAUCGUUGCCAAGCUCAUUGCUGCCCUUUCCACCCCCUCCCAGCAGGUCCAGGAGUCCGUGGCCAGCUGCUUGCCGCCCCUCGUGCCCGCUGUCAGAGAGGAUGCGGGAGCAAUGGUCCAGAGGCUUAUGCAGCAGCUGCUGGAGUCGGACAAGUAUGCCGAGCGCAGGGGGGCCGCGUACGGGCUGGCGGGCCUGGUGAAGGGCCUGGGCAUUCUGUCGCUAAAGCAGCAGGAAAUGAUGGCAGCGCUGACCGAUGCCAUCCAGGAUAAGAAGAAUUUCCGCCGGCGAGAGGGAGCCCUCUUCGCAUUCGAGAUGCUCUGCACCAUGCUGGGGAAGCUCUUCGAGCCGUACGUGGUUCACGUGCUGCCCCAUCUGCUGCUGUGCUUCGGGGAUGGGAACCAGUAUGUACGUGAGGCUGCAGAUGAUUGUGCCAAAGCUGUGAUGAGCAACCUGAGUGCUCACGGGGUGAAGCUAGUGCUCCCCUCCUUAUUGGCUGCCCUGGAGGAGGAAUCCUGGAGGACCAAAGCCGGGUCGGUGGAGUUGCUUGGGGCAAUGGCUUACUGUGCUCCCAAGCAGCUGUCCUCCUGUCUGCCCAACAUCGUGCCCAAGCUCACAGAGGUGCUGACCGACUCCCACGUCAAAGUGCAGAAGGCCGGACAGCAGGCGCUCAGGCAGAUUGGCUCCGUCAUCAGGAACCCGGAGAUCCUGGCCAUUGCCCCCGUCCUGCUGGAUGCCCUGACGGACCCUUCCAGGAAGACCCAGAAGUGCUUGCAGACCCUCCUGGACACCAAGUUUGUCCACUUCAUUGAUGCCCCGUCCCUGGCCCUCAUCAUGCCCAUUGUCCAGAGAGCCUUCCAGGACCGUUCCACGGACACGCGGAAGAUGGCAGCCCAGAUUAUUGGCAACAUGUACUCCCUGACCGACCAGAAGGACUUGGCUCCGUACCUGCCAAGCGUGACACCUGGCCUGAAAGCCUCUCUUUUGGACCCUGUACCUGAGGUGCGGACAGUGUCUGCAAAGGCCCUUGGGGCCAUGGUGAAGGGCAUGGGCGAGUCGUGCUUCGAGGACUUGCUGCCGUGGCUGAUGGAGACGUUGACCUAUGAGCAGAGCUCUGUGGAUCGCUCAGGCGCUGCGCAAGGGUUGGCCGAGGUCAUGGCUGGCUUAGGGGUGGAGAAGUUGGAGAAGCUGAUGCCAGAAAUUGUGGCUACAGCCAGCAAAGUGGACAUUGCACCCCACGUCCGAGAUGGCUACAUUAUGAUGUUCAACUACCUGCCCAUCACCUUUGGGGACAAGUUCACUCCUUACGUGGGGCCCAUCAUCCCCUGUAUCCUCAAAGCUCUUGCUGAUGAGAACGAGUUUGUGCGUGAUACCGCGCUGCGUGCGGGCCAGCGGGUCAUCUCCAUGUAUGCCGAGACAGCCAUCGCCCUGCUGCUGCCCCAGCUGGAGCAAGGCCUCUUUGACGACCUCUGGAGAAUAAGGUUCAGCUCUGUUCAGCUCCUGGGGGACCUCCUGUUCCACAUCUCAGGUGUCACUGGAAAGAUGACCACGGAAACUGCCUCUGAAGAUGAUAACUUUGGGACUGCUCAGUCCAACAAGGCUAUCAUCACUGCCCUGGGGGUGGACCGGCGGAACCGAGUGCUGGCAGGGCUGUACAUGGGCCGCUCGGACACCCAGCUGGUUGUGCGGCAAGCAUCCCUGCACGUCUGGAAGAUCGUGGUCUCCAACACCCCCCGCACCCUGCGUGAGAUCCUGCCCACGCUCUUCGGGCUGCUGCUGGGUUUCCUGGCGAGUACCUGUGCAGAUAAGAGAACGAUCGCAGCGCGGACAUUAGGAGAUCUCGUCCGGAAGUUAGGGGAGAAAAUCCUACCCGAGAUCAUUCCCAUCCUUGAGGAAGGCCUGAGGUCUCAGAAGAGCGACGAGAGGCAGGGCGUGUGCAUUGGGCUGAGCGAGAUCAUGAAGUCCACCAGCCGGGAUGCCGUGCUGUAUUUCUCCGAGUCCCUGGUGCCCACGGCAAGGAAGGCUUUGUGUGACCCACUGGAGGAGGUCAGAGAGGCGGCAGCCAAGACCUUUGAGCAGCUGCACUCCACCAUCGGCCACCAGGCGCUGGAGGACAUCCUCCCAUUCUUACUGAAGCAGCUGGAUGAUGACGAGGUGUCAGAGUUCGCCUUGGACGGUCUGAAGCAAGUCAUGGCCAUCAAGAGUCGUGUUGUGCUGCCCUACCUUGUACCCAAGCUGACAACUCCGCCCGUCAAUACCCGGGUGCUGGCCUUCCUCUCGUCGGUGGCAGGCGACGCCCUGACCCGUCAUCUUGGCGUGAUCCUCCCAGCGGUCAUGGUGGCCCUGAAGGAGAAGCUGGGGACUCCCGGUGAGCAGCUGGAGAUGGCCAACUGUCAGGCCGUGAUCCUCUCGGUAGAGGAUGACGUCGGGCACCGGAUCAUCAUCGAGGACCUGUUGGAAGCCACCCGCAGCCCUGAGGUGGGCAUGAGGCAGGCUGCCGCCAUCAUCCUCAGCAUCUACUGCUCCCGCUCGAAGGCGGACUACACCAGCCACCUGCGGAGCCUGGUCUCGGGCCUGAUCCGUCUCUUCAACGACUCCAGCCCCGUGGUUCUGGAGGAGAGCUGGGAUGCGCUGAACGCCAUCACCAAGAAGCUGGAUGCUGGCAACCAGCUGGCACUAAUUGAAGAACUCCACAAGGAAAUCCGGUUCAUAGGGAAUGAGAGCAAAGGCGAGCACGUGCCAGGGUUCUGCCUCCCAAAGAAGGGAGUUACAUCCAUCCUUCCAGUGCUGCGGGAGGGAGUCCUGACUGGAAGCCCAGAACAGAAAGAGGAAGCAGCCAAAGCUUUAGGCUUGGUGAUCCGCCUGACCUCAGCUGACGCCCUGAGGCCCUCCGUGGUCAGCAUCACCGGCCCUCUGAUUCGCAUCCUGGGGGACCGGUUCAGCUGGAACGUGAAGGCGGCUCUGCUCGAGACACUCAGCCUCUUGCUGGCCAAGGUUGGGAUAGCCCUGAAGCCCUUCCUGCCCCAGCUGCAGACCACUUUCACCAAAGCCCUGCAGGACUCCAACCGGGGGGUGCGCCUCAAGGCUGCUGAUGCGCUGGGCAAGCUCAUUUCCAUCCACAUCAAGGUGGACCCCCUCUUUACAGAGCUGCUGAACGGGAUCCGUGUCAUGGAGGACCCGGGUGUCAGGGACACCAUGCUGCAGGCCCUGAGGUUUGUGAUCCAGGGAGCAGGGGCCAAAGUGGAUGCAGUCAUCCGGAAAAACAUCGUCUCGCUCCUGCUGAGCAUGCUGGGACAUGACGAGGACAACACUCGCAUCUCCUCGGCCGGAUGCCUCGGGGAGCUGUGUGCCUUUCUGACGGAGGAGGAGCUCAGCACAGUCCUCCAGCAGUGCUUGCUGGCGGACGUGUCCGGCAUUGACUGGAUGGUUCGGCACGGACGGAGCCUGGCACUCUCCGUGGCUGUGAAUGUGGCUCCUAGCAGACUCUGCGCAGGCAAAUACAGCAGCGAAGUUCAGGACAUGAUCCUCAGCAAUGCCGUGGCAGACAGGGUCCCCAUCGCGGUGAGCGGCGUCCGGGGCAUGGGCUUCCUGAUGAAGUAUCACAUCGGGACAGGAGGGCAGUUGCCUGCCAAGCUCUCCAGCCUGCUCAUUAAGUGUCUGCAGAACCCAUCCAGUGACAUCAGGCUGGUGGCUGAGAAGAUGAUCUGGUGGGCAAACAAGGACCCGCUGCCUCCUCUGGACCCCCAAGCCAUCAAACCCAUCCUGAAGGCUCUUCUCGACAACACCAAGGAUAAAAACACUGUUGUCAGGGCCUACAGUGACCAGGCGAUUGUCAACCUCCUCAAGAUGAGACAGGGUGAAGAGGUGUUUCAGUCCGUCUCUAGGAUCCUGGACGUGGCCAGUUUAGAGGUGCUGAGUGAGUGCAACCGAAGGUCGCUGAAGAAGCUGGCCAGCCAGGCCGACUCCACGGAGCAGGUCGAUGACACCAUUCUGACAUGACGGGCUCUGCGCCAGCAUUUCGGCUCCACCUCUUUGUUCAAUGUUUUCAUUUUUGAAAAUACGCUGGUUCCGAUGGGGAGCUUAGGAGAUGGCAUUCCCAGGAAGUAUUUUCCUAUAUCAACAGAUCACAGCCAAAGCCUUAAAUCAAACCCACACACACCCGAAGAUUGCCUCCCAUCCUUUUCUUUGGAGAAGAGAAGAAAAAGCACAUGUGUGAGCCUCACCAGAUGGUAGCCAGUAGCUGGUCCCCAGCUUAGCACGGCUGGUCAGACUUUUGGCUCUCCUGUGCCUGAGCUCUGGUUCCAGAGCCAGCACUACCAACCUUUUGCCUAGAUCCUGAGUGGGGCGCCGGACUGUAGAGGUUUGCCUCGUGUGGUGUGUCUUGGUGUAGCUUUUCAGUAUUGUGUGGCCUGAUUAGAUCUGACCCGUCCAGUGAAAGUGAUACUCAUGAAGCCUUGCAGUUCACAGGUUUGGGCGGGGGGCGGGGGGGGGGGGUUAGGCAGGUUGUUUGAAGGAAGAAUGUGUAAUAAAGGCUUUGAUUUAAUCUUUACGUAAGCCGAUUUUUAAAAAUCCCCAAACAUCCAAUAAACACGCAGCUUCCUCCAUCAGAAA